AUGGAUCCUUUAGUAGCUAGAGCUUAUUUAAGAGGACUCCUUUAUGGGUCUGGUAUUAUAGCUACAGGUGUUGUUUUAUUCAAAUAUACUACUCCAACAGAUGAAGAAUUGAUUUCCAGGUUUUCUCCCGAGAUCAGAGCUGAAUAUGAAAAGAAUAGAGCUUUAAGACAGCAAGAACAGAAAGAAUUGAUGGAAUUAGUUAAGCAAACCACUGCUUCAAAUGAUCCUAUUUGGAAAACAGGAAAGAUUGGUAGUCCUUUUGAAAAAGAUACUAGAAGCAUGGAUCCUAAGUUGGUUAACUUCCAGGAAUUUGAAAAGGAAAAAGGUUUGAAAUAUCAACAAGAACAAAUUGAAAAGAGUGAAAAGGAAUUACAGGAAGCAAAAGAAUUGUUGAAGAAAAAAUCUUCAUGGUGGUAG